GGAAAGUGGUACUUCCAAUGAAUGAGGAAGAAAUUUUCACACAAAGAUUGCUUCAGCAUCUCUGCUCUUCAUCAAGGACCAAGUGUGGCCUUCGGCAGAGACUUAUAGAUCGAGGCCUUGCGAUAUAAAAAAGAACAGAGAUGGUUUUCCACAGAGAGCACUAUGGACGUUCUGUGGCGUACGAGAAAUUCAGCGAUACGCUUUAUGCCAGCAACGAUGGACCGGAGAGCUGCUCAGAUAAUCACAGCAAAGCCACUUCGGAACUUCAGCGGUACAAGUUGGCCGCAGCCACCCUGGGACUUUUGUGUCUGCUGCAGCUAAGUCUUAUCAUUUCUCUUGCUCUUUCAGCAGCUUCCAGCAAUAAGAGUCUGAUUGAGGGGGAGAAAAAUGAACUGAAGACACUCAACUCUGGCCUCAAUGCCAGGAAUAAAAACCUGACAACAGAAAGAGAGCAGCUGAGGAGGAAUCUAAGUGACUUUGUUUCACAACAUAAUUCUCUGACUAAGGAGAGAGAUGAACUAAAGAAGACCAACCUUGGUUUCUUGUCCAAUCUAAAAAAUCUGACUGCAGAGAAGGAAAUGCUGCUCAGAACUAUCAAAGGCACUGAGGCUGAUAACAAAUAUGUGACUGAACAGAGGGAUGAGCUGAGGAAAGAACUUAAAAACCUCACCUUGGAGUUCAGUUUCCUGACUGAGGAGAGAGACGAGUUGAAGGAGAUUAAUCUUGGUAUCGAGGCAAAUCUGAAAAACCUGACCGACGUGGGAGAAACGCUGAUCAGAACCAUCAAUGUCGCCGACGCCAUCAAUAAAAAUUUGACUGAAGAGAGAGACGAGCUGAGGAAAGAUCUCAACAACCUUGCUUCACAUCUUAGUUCCCUGACUAAUGAGAGAAACGAGUUGAAGAGGUUAAACUCUGACAUUGAGGCCAGUCUGAAAAAUCUGAGUGAAGAGAGUGAAAAACUGAUCCAAACCAUCCAAAAUAUUGAGUCCGAUCACAAAAACGUGACCGGAGAGAGAGACGACCUGGUGAGGGAGCUGAAUGUGUUUACUUCACAGCUUGCCUCCAUGACUAAGGAGAGAGAUGAUCUCAAGAAGAUUAACUCUAAUAUUGAAGCCAAUAGCAACACGUUGAGAGAAGACAAGGAUGAACUCAACAGGAAGCUGAAUGAUUUGGAAUCCAAACAGAAUGCCUUGACUGAAGAAAGAGACGCUUUGAGGAAAACAAAGUCGUACAUUGAGGCCAUGUCCAGAACAAUCAGUCAGGAAAGAGAUGAGCUGAAGGCAAAGAUCAACACUUUAAAUCAACCAGGAUGGGUGCUUUUUGAAGGCAGUGCGUACUACGUUUCUUCUGGCAAAAAGACCUGGCAAGAGAGCAGAAAUUACUGUCAGUCAAAAGGUGCAGACUUGAUGAUCAUCAACAGCAGAAGCAAACAGGUUUAUGGAAACAAGUUUCAGAAGUACAUGUGGAUUGGACUGACUGAUGGAGAAACAGACGGAACAUGGAAAUGGGUAGACGGGAGUCCAGUUACCACGAGCUACUGGGCAGUUGGCGAGCCAAAUGGUAAAACACUGGAGAACUGUGGGAACAUAAAGACUUACACUACGGAGAAUAGCUGGAACGAUGAACUCUGCUCCCAUUCCCUCAACUGGAUCUGUGAAUUAAAGCUAAUCUAGUAACUGUGAUUCAUAUCACAUAAACAAAAAAGACAAACAUUAAAAAAAACCACUUAUUAAAACUCUCUCAUGUUGAUAAUAUUUGCACAUUUGUCUGCUUUGUUUGGAUGUGAUGCUCUGAAGGUGAUACUGGAGAUGUACCGAUCCACAUUUUGUGAGCAAUUUCAAAUCUUUGGUUUUUGAUCAAAGUUUGACCCGCAGAGUCUGAUUUUAAAUUUCUCUUAUAAAAACAUUCAAUGUUUGUUUCCACACUCCCUGCAGUGAGUUGUCUUUAAUUGUUAAUAUUACGAGUAGAGGCAACUACAGAGGUGUAAAAAUCAUUGUUUUCCAAGAAUAAAAGUUCAUUGUGAUAAUCAAUUUAUUCUAACAGAUGAUUUUUGUAAACCCCAAAACUGACAUGGUUUGUAUUGUUAAUUUUUCUGUUUAUUUUAUUUUUUUUCUUAAUUACGGUUCCAUGAUAGGAACAAUGGACAUCAGCAGGUUUUAAUUCUGAUUAAAGCAUUAUUCUGAUCAUGUGACCUUUUAUCAGCUGUUACAUUAAGAUUAAAUAAGUUCAGCAACAAGUUUCUGCCUCAGCAGGUCGUCAGGAGUUCAGACACAAAUAAACCACACGAUGUGAAGUAAAAUA